AUUCUCAUCAGAGUAAUGAUGGCGGCGGGCUCCGAUCUGCUGGACGAGGUUUUCUUCAACACAGAGGUGGACGAGAAAGUAGUUAGCGAUAUUGUGGGGUCCCUGGAAUCUGAGCUUGCGGGCUCAGGUCACGGGAACCCCGAGGCAAGGGUCCAGACUGUGCGGAACCACGUUGUCAGCCCUGUAGUAGGAGGUAAUACUAAUGUCCAGGAGAGCAAAAUGGGACUUGCACAAGAGGUGGCAAAAGCAGGAGCUGGAGUGCAAGGGGGUGUUAUUAAUAAUACGAGGUCCCAGAGUUCAGCUAUGGAUGCAACAACAACAGGGAUCGCACCAGCGGCUAGCUUGGAGGCAACCCCUGGGCUCAGCCAGGGCAAAUCGGCGGCUGUCAGUGCCAUGGUAACCGCGGUGUCCAACCAUGCAGUGAGCAAAGGAAAAAUAGGGACAUCAGCUGUGCAAACUUUGAAUGGAAGCAAUGUAAUGAACUCUCACACUUCAGGAAGUGUUCCAGAUUUCACCGCAACGCAAGUAUCAAGUAGUUGCAGCGGCAGCAGCAGCAGUGUAGGCAACAACAAUGCUGCACCUGCUCUCACAGUUGUCAACAACGGACCUGGUUCGGUUGUAAAAGGAAAUGUAAACGUGUUGCCUUCGACCUCGAGCACUGUCAUACAGGCAUCUUUCGUCAACGCACAGAAUGUUACUUCUACGGUGAUAUCGUCUCAGGCUUCUGGUCUGAGCAGUGGACCUACCGUCACACUUGUGAGGCCGCCUAUGCAAACAGCUGGAUCGAAUGCUGCUCAAAAUGGGAAUAAUACCGUCAAUGUAACGAACCUACCCGCCCCUGGCACAUCGGCUAUGCCUUUACAGACAACAGUUUUGAAUAGCAACCAGGCGACAGUCUCUGUGUCUGCGAGUGUGACAAGUAAGGCAGAGUCGCCUAAAACAAUCAUACAAACUACACCUCCGGCUGUGACACCCGGUGUCGUUCCAAGUGCGGGCAACUUGACACUCGCCCAGCCUAUAGGAAGCAAUCUGCAAGCUGUGACUCCCGGUUCUGGAGCCAUCGGAAAAAGUCCAGUUUUGCAAAACGUAACAAGGACUUCCACUCCAGCGACAGUUGCAACCAGUCCUGGCGGGAUUCGAGCCAUCGCGCCACAGGUGUUAGCUCCUCGACUCCCACAGACGCCCCAGAAUCAGCCAAACAUCCAAAACAUUCAGCUUCCUCCAGGUAUGGUUCUGGUGCGCAGCGACAGCGGGCAGCUGCUGAUGAUCCACCAGCAGACCCUGGCCCAGAUGCAGGCGCAGUCCCAGUCCCAGAGCGCCAUGGCGCCGCGCCCUGCCACGCCCACCAGCACUCCUCCGGUCCAGAUUACCUCUGUGCAGGCUCCUGGGACCCCCAUCAUGGCCAGGCAGGUUACGCCCACCACCAUUAUCAAGCAAGCCACGCCCACCCAGAACUCGGUGCAGGCCACCACCACGCUCCAGAGACCCCCUGUCCUGCAGAAUCCCAUCAUGCUCGGAGGGGCAGCCACGCCCGCCUCCAUCGGAACUCCGACGCCAGUGCAGCCCGGCGCGGCACAGAGGGCGGUGACCGGGAGCACUGGGACGGCCACGCCCACGACAACGGAAACCUUGGAGAAUGUGAAGAAAUGUAAGAACUUCCUGUCCACACUGAUCAAGCUGGCGUCCAGCGGGAAGCAGUCGUCGGAGACCGCGGCCAACGUGAAAGAGCUGGUCAAGAGCCUCCUGGAAGGAAAGAUGGAGGCAGAGGACUUCACCAGCAGGCUGUACCGGGAGCUCAACUCCUCACCCCAGCCCUACUUAGUGCCUUUCCUCAAGAGGAGUCUCCCCGCGCUUCGGCAGCUGACCCCAGACUCUACAGCCUUCAUCCAGCAGAGCCAGCUGCAGCAGCCCAGCGCCCAGCCCUCCACCACCACGCUCACCACUGUGGUCCUCAGCAGCCCCGCCCAGCGCCUCGCCGGCAAGGCCUCCGGCCCCGCCCCCGUCACCGUCACCAGCACCCUCCACCAACCCGUCAUCAGCCUGGCACAGCCCGGGCAGGCCAAGUCUGGACAGCCCACCCCACUGGUGCUGCACCAGUCCCAGCAGCCGGGGGCGAUGGUGCGCCCCCCCCAGGUGACCCUGGCACAGACGCCCAUGGUGACCCUCAGGCAGCCCCAGAGCCGGAUUAUGCUGGGACAGGCCCAGAUGCAGGUGAAGCAGCUGCAGACAGUGCCUCUGGUGAAGCAGGGGCUGUUGCCUGGAGCCAAAGCGUCACCCGUCGGCACGUCUCUGAUCACGGCAGCACAGAGGAACAAGCUGAAGGAAGCUGGAGGCGGGUCUUUCAGGGACGAUGAUGACAUCAACGAUGUGGCCUCCAUGGCUGGCGUCAACCUAUCGGAGGAGAGCGCUCGCAUCCUCGCAACCAACUCGGAGCUGGUUGGCACGGUGACGCGGUCGUGCAAGGAUGAGGCCUUCCUCUACACCUCCAUCCUGCACAGGAGGAUAUUGGACAUAGGUAAAAAGUAUGGAAUCACGGAGCUGGGGCCGGAGGUGGUGAACCUGGUGUCACACGCAGCCCAGCAAAGGCUGCAGAGCCUGCUGGAAAAGGUGUCUCAGAUCGCCCAGCAAAAGAACGUCUCCUUCAAGGAGGACGGCCGGUACGAGCAGGUGACUGACGUGCGCGCUCAGCUCAAGUUCUUCGAGCAGCUGGACCAGAUGGAGAAGCAGAGGAAGGAGGAGCAGGAGAGGGAGAUUCUCAUGAAGGCAGCCAAGUCCCGAUCACGGCAAGAGGACCCAGAGCAGCUGCGGUUGAAACAGAAGGCCAAAGAGAUGCAGCAGCAGGAGCUGGCUCAGAUGAGGCAGCGGGACGCUAACCUGACAGCGCUAGCAGCCAUCGGGCCCAGGAAGAAACGCAAAAUGGACUCACCUGGCAGCGGAGCUGGAGCGGAGGUGUCUGGCUCCAGCCUGUCUGCGGCCGGGAGCUCCAGCUCCGGGGGGUCCAGGCAGUUCGCUCGUCAGCGCAUCACUCGCGUCAACCUCAGGGACCUGCUCUUCUGCAUGGAGAACGAGCGGGAGACCAGCCGCUCGCACCUGCUGUACCGCGCCUUCCUCAAAUAGCACCCCCUGGCGGCGGGGGGCCUCCUGGCUAGACUGCAGGACUUUCAGCAUUCACCCGGACAUUCGAUUUUAAUGUUGUUUUCACCUUUUAAAUUUACUCUUUUAAUGAACAUAUAAAUAUUAUAAAUAUAUAUAUAGUUAUAAAUUUUACAGAGCGCCUUUUUGUAACAUGCAAAUGAACAAAUGUACAAAAAUAUAGUAAUACCUUCAAACCAUUUUAUAUUUCUGUUUAUAUAAAAGACUCCCCGUUUACAUAAAUAAAAUUAACAAAAAUGUUUCUAUAAGACAGUUAUUAUUAUUUUAUUACUGUCGUGGGCCUGUGGAUUCCUUUGAUUGAAGACUUCUUUGCUCCUCUUUACUAAGUUGCCUUCUUGCCAGAUGAAGCCAUAUCUUUGUAUCUGAUCUCUACAGGCAGAAUAAUUCAUUUGAUCCGGCUGUUUUACCGUUUCAAGCUGACACACAAACACGUGGCUCUAUUGUCCUACCUGUUCUUCGCCUGUUUGUUUUUUGUUUGUUGGUUUUUCUGCUUGGUUUCUUUUAAAUGGCCGUCUGCUGUGUAUGUAAUUGUUUUAAUCAGUUUGGGUUUUUAUUUAUAAGUCUGUGCGCUCUCUGUGUUUGGCCCGUCGAGGUGACGCCUUGGCAGCCAGAUGCGUGAGUUGGUAUGUCCGCAGAGCUGAGAAUCAGCCCUUAAUAGAGAAUAGCUACUUUUGACAAAAGCAUUUGAUUCAUUUCUCAGAUAUGAUGAAAAUGCCCUUCUCUCAACACUUUUCAUUUUUCCCUCUGUGUGUAUAUACUUUGAUUAUUUUUUCUACGAAAAAAUUGAAAAUAUUUUGACUCCUAAUAGAUUGAAAGCUUUCUAGUUUCCACGAAUCAACAGCAUUUCUCAACUAGAGAAAUCAGGAUUUGUUUCUGGGCAGUAGAUGCCAAUAGCUGGGUAUUACAUUGGCAUGCAGGGGUGGAGAAAAAUGUGAUUAUACGAAGCUGAGAAAGAACUGCAUUCAGUUACGGACCUGCUUUCAAUCAAUCAGUCAUACAGAGGGACACCCCCCACUUUGGAACUGGGCUUAUAUUAUUAUUAACGAUACUAAUCAGUUAUUCAUAUUUUUUUGCAAGCAUUGCAUUGAAAUUGUCUACCAAUGGAAUUUUAUUACUGUAUAUAAUUUAGUUUGUCCUUUGUAAUUUGUAUAAAGCUAUGCUAGUUCUUCAUCAAACCGCCAUUUUGAAAGACGCAGUGUAAAGAGCCGCUUGUUCUUCCUGUAAAUCUAUUUUUUAGUAACCCCAAUCACCGUUACUCAGCAUCCUCUUUCCUCUUUUUCACCGAGAAGAAAAAUGAGACUAAUUCCUGGAGCAUAAAUUGUUUCCCUCUCUUGUACAUUUUGCACAGUCACUUGUUUAUAUGUAAAUAUUUUACCUAAAAAAAAUUUAAUUGCUAUUGUUUUAUAUAGGAUUGAAAUGAGAAUUAACUCCAUCAUUAAAAUGAAAAAUCUAUUUGUA